UCCGGUGUGUCAAGCAACGCACUGUUACUGUUGUUUUGCUGGUGGAUGAUUCUUGCAACGGAGUGUGCAGAUAGGAAUCAACAGUUGCAGAAAUAGAAUAUUAAUAUUUCAGUGCACACAGCACGUGUGUGUGUAUACGUGUGUGGCCAAUUCAUCUCCAACAGCGUGCGGGACACGCUUGACGUGAUCAUCGUGAACCGCAAACCCGUUGUAAACGAGCGAGUGAGCGAGCGAGCGAGCGAUACCAAUCAAUCGUUGUUUGAUCGAAAACGGUCGGAUUGGCCACGGGGAGCAGCACCGUCGUCACGGUCGCGCCAACAACAACAGGUUGCAGCAAUAGACGCGCUAAAGUCCAGCACUGUGUCCAGCGUGUGCGUGUACCUAUGAGGUACGCUCAAGAGUGCAAUGAAGUGCGGCAAAGGUGAACGUAAUUAGUGGGUUCAUCCUCGCUCAGUGUUCAGUGUGUGUGUGUGUGUGUGUUUGUGUGAGCAAGAGAGACAAAGGAGUUAAUUUUCAAACACGCAAGGGAAGGAGGAGCACCGGAAGGCGUGGUGGGGAGGAGAUUGAUUCGAUGCUUCCAUGUAGUCAGCUGGUUGCGUGCCGCGAACCAUACAAUGGGCUGCAACACUAGCCAGGAGAUACCGAGCUACGGUGGUGGCGGUGGACAGAAGACGACCGACUCGGCGGCCGCCCUCGGCGAGCUGCUGGAGGGUGAUGUUGAAGAGGUCGAGGCGGCAGCCACAAAGAUCCAGGCAGCGUUCCGUGGCCACAAAGUGCGCAGAGAGAUGAAGCAAGGGGACGGCGUUACCGGUGCGGAGGGUCAGCAGAAGCAGGACGCCCAGCAGACGGAGCGGGAACCGACCAAGGAGGAGCUGGAGGCCGAGUUCGACCCGAACGACCAAGAGCUGACUCACGCCGCGACCCGUAUACAGGCCAGCUUCCGUGGUCACAUGGCCAGAAAGACGGCUACGAAGGGUGAGGACGAGAAAAAGGAGGUGGACAUUGAUGAAAUUACCAAAAAGGUGGCCGAAGAGCUGGACAUCGACAUGGACGAUCCGGAGCUGCACAAAGCGGCCAGCAAAAUUCAGGCCUCCUUCCGCGGGCACAAGGUGCGCAAGGAUGUACCGAAGGAGGGCGAAAACUAAGCCGCUCUGUUGGUGGGUGCGUUGUUGUGUGCUGCGUGCGUAACCGUAGCAGCGCGCAGCGAGUGGCAUUGGUGGUGGUGGUGGUGGUGGUCGUACUCCGGCGGCGGUGGCGACGACGACGACGAUAUCCUCCCAUUUAUCCCCAUGUGUUUUGGUAAACGAGUAAAUAUCGCAAAUUUGUGGAAAUUUAAUGAUAAACAGUAAUACUGAAUAAAGCAAACGGCGCGCGCCCAAUACAAUUUUACGGACGGACGGAAGUUGCACUUGUUAUGAUUUUAUAAAUUUUAUCGAUUUCGAUCGAAUCGAAUAUAUUAAACACAGAAGAAAAGAAAAAAAA